AAAAAAUGUACGAGAACGUUUUUAUCGAACAAUUAUUGCGUGAAAUUACACACCUCGCCCACUUGUUUUUCUUUUUAGCCUGCUUUAGUGCCAGCUUCGUUUUUCUUUUCCUUUUGGGAAAAUGUGCUUGCUUCUUUGGUUUGGGCUGGGCUUCUGUCAGUGGUGUCAAACCAUCGGUUAAUAGAAAAGCAGAUGUAAUUGGGGAGCUUUUCGUUCUGCGAAAUGGCAGAAUUACACCCGUCGCCUUGGCGAAAAAUGACUCCUUGCUGUCCACUUUCUCUCCCGUGGCUCCCUCUUCUCCUGUGGAAGCCUCUUCUUCUGUAGUUCCGUCCUCCGCUGUUCUUGCUUCUCCUUGUGCUGCUCCCUCUCCUUCUGAUGUUGCCUUUUCGUCUGUGUUUGUCUCCCCUUUUGGUUUGCCCUCUGUGACCUCUGAGGGUACUCAGCAGUCUUUCUCUCUUCGUUCGGUGCCUGUCUCGUCUUAUGCAAAGGACAGACAGUGCUACUCUAUUGACUGUGCGUGUGUUGCGGGCUUGCCCUGCGUUAGUGGUGGUAGGUUGCCUACCUUCCCGCCACCAAUGAAAAAACUUUCUUCUGCGGUCUCCUUUGGUCUUGGCUGUGAAGCCAUCACGCAAGCUUUGCUUGUGAAUGGUAUUGCUCCUGCUGCUGAUUUUGUUGCAAAUGGUGAUCCUUCUUCGGCUUCUUCUUUGGCCAUAGGUCAAGUCUUUUCCUCCCUCGGUGUUGCUGGGGCUAUGUCAGGUACGUCAGGUGAUGUCGUAUCCGAUAUGGAUAUCGAUGACGUGGCUGUCCCUGUUUCUGGGGAGUCUGACGAUUUGGGUGUGUGUGUGGUUUCUUCCACGGUUACUUUGGACCCUUCUGUCGCCUUGGCCCCUGCCAAAAAAGAGGUAUGUGGUGUUUCUUUGCCUCCUUGUGGUCUGGACUUGCUUUCUGCUGCUGCUUCCGCCGUUGUUGCCGAAGAUGGUUUGGUUGAUGGUGUUUCCUUGCCUCCUUGCGGUCUGGACUUGUUUUCUGCUGCUGUGUCUGCUGUUGUUGCGGAGGAAGGUUUGGUUGGCGGUGAUUGUUCUGCCAUUGAGAAUUCUGGUGUGGUUCCGGCUCCCGUGGUUCCUGUUGCUGCUUUGCCCCGUCCGGUGGCUACCCCUCGUCGUCUUCGUUCCGGCUGUCGUGUAGCAGAGUCGUCUGCUGUUGGUGCUGCUCCUAUCGCACGUACUGUUGCGGAUGUUCCUCUUUGCCCUCCUGCUUUUUCCUCUUCUCUUUGUGAGAAACAACAGAGUCGAGGUAAGCGACCAAAUGACGCUCCUCCUCCUCCAGCAACCGUUCGCGCUUGCUAUGUCCCUCCUUUGUCUGUUGCUUCUGCAGCUUCCUUUGGUUCCGUUUCUGCUUUUCCGGUUGUUGCUUCGGUCCCUUCUUUGUCGUCUUUGGGUUCUGUUGCUGCUGGCUCUUCUGUUUCUGUUGCUGCUGUCUCUUCUGCUUCCUGUUUCUGCCGUCUCGUCUGUUUCUUCUGUCCCUAUCGUUGAGGGAUCC